CUGCAGAGGAGUGCAGAAGUACCCGGCAGCACCAAGGCCGGUGCACGUAGCAGGCUUGGUAGGGCCAGGACUGCGAAGAGAACGCGGUCUAUGGAUGCCGACUAUGAAGGAUGCCAAGCGGGAUGGGGGUGGUGCGUGCAGAGCGGAAACGCUCGGUAUCUCUUGGGAAAACCUGCUGAAGCCCCCAGGAAGGUGUGCGCUCGGCCGAGUUUGGUGGAAGAAAUUCUGAUGUGGUCCUGGAGCCUAUCUGAACAUCAUUUUCUACUGUUGGGACAGGGUACAAUGUUUUCUUCCCAAAUAAAAUGUAUUCAAGAUUUAAAUGGUGGACUUAGAGAUAAAAGAAGGAAAUCACUGAGCCGCGCAGGAUCAAACAGACCUAUGGACCCUGUACCCCUGCCCUAUAUGUGUCCAGCAGCAAGCCAAGAAGCCUGAGGCUUAAAGGGCACAUUGGGAUAGGCCAGUGGGCUCGGUCCCUCGUGCCUCACUGCAGCCCCACCCUGAGUGCACAGAGCUGUACAGGCAAAGAAUAAGUGGGGAAAGGGACUCAUGGCAAGGCAUGGAAGACAUGACUUCAUCUACAUUUCAACUGGCUGUGGACAGUGGUGGGGGGGGUGGACGUGGAGGAUGGGGGGUGUAUGAUGUAAGGCCCAAUCCCUCCCACCCAGGGCGGUGGAGAAGAGAGGGACCAUUCCUAUACCGUUUUCUUUGCUUCGAAGGGAAGGUGAAUAUUCUCACACUCUCCUUCACCCCAGAACCUCUGUAUUUACAGGUAUAUCCAUUCCACAACUUCAGCUGUGCCCUUCUCAAAGAUGUAGCAACAGCACAUUCCCCAGUGGCUCCUCUGUGGGUAACUGGGGAGGUUAUCACUUUAUGGCACCCUCAGUAGCUAUCCCCACCACCACUAGAGGAGCAUUUAUCUGACAAAAGAGGAGCUGCUCUGACUAGCCCCACCACACCCACUGGAUAACUAACAGCUCCUGUAAACCACAGUUCCCAACUGCUGGGCAAACAGUGGCUCAGGGCUUGUUGUAAGGGAGAAGGGAGAUCUAGUCCUGCAAAGGAAGGGCAUAACAAGGGGUCCUAAUAGGUCCUUCCAGGAACAGCAGACCUACUUGGAGAGACAGGACAGAAUCCAGGUGGGGAGCAUGAGAGCAAAGGUGGAGGAAUACUUAACCCACAGAGCAUACAGCCCUGCCUAGUCUCACAGUCAGGAUUCCCACUCUGCCCAUUCCACCCACAUCCCAUUUUCAUUUUACCCACAAGGCGGGCAUUGGCCAGGGCCAUGGCUGCCAGGAACUGGACAAGGCUUACAGAUGUCCCAAAGGAGUGUCCAACCUGUGAACUGGAUGGGAUUCUGAAUUCUUAUUAUCUCCUGACCUAGAGAAAUAGAGUCUCAGGGUCCUAGCUGGUUCUGUAAGACAACUGUUGAUCCCAAGCAAAGUAUAUAGCUUCCUUCGCCCAGUCCCAAAGCGAACUGCCCACUGUGCUUGGGCUUGUGAAGACUGCAGACCAGCCUAGCUGGGUCUUCCAGCCAUAAUGAAGGGUGUUAUCUCCAGGAUGAGAGGGUACCCAGAAUACAGCAGCUCACAGAAGAGAUCAAGGCCUGUUACACAAAACUACUUACUCUCAAGCACAUGUGAGAGACUCAUUGCUCACUACAAGAUGUGAAUCUGAGGUUCUGACCAGCCUUACAGAAAGAACUUGGAGGUAUACCUCAAGUCUGAGGGCAUUGGUUAGUUAUGCUCAUGUUAAGGGACCAUUUAUCUCUAGGCUAUCCUUACAAGGCAAAUCCCAUGUCCUAUAGAGGUACAUGGGGGCCAAGUACCUCACAAUGAUCACAGGUGGUCAGUACCAGGAAGGAGAGGAAAAGAAGGGUGGCAAUCCUUGGGCUGUGCACAACACAGGCAUGUGUUCAUUCACACAAGUGUGUACACACACAGCAGUAGCUGCACACAGGGACAUGGAACAGAUUCUGAGCGUUAGCUCGCCCCAGCUAGAACACGCUCCAUGAAGGUGGAGAGAAGAUAACCAGCACUGGGUAGGUGGAGUCAGCUGUACAUGACCCCAUAACCUCAUAGCUGAAGCGCUUCAACUCAGCUCCUCUGGGGCCUCACACGCAAACAUUCUGCCUCACUGCUCCUGUCCCCACCUCCUCUCCCUCUUAACAAGGCAGAAGCUGUUGCACCUGGAGCACCCACCCCUCUGCAAAGGAGAGAUUAUCAGAAGCCCACAUAACCAUAAUUAUUUGUGAGCCUCUGAUUAUAGUACAACUUGCCGAAUUAGCUCACCGGAUUAGACGCUCAGGUCAGUCUCAGAGGUGCCUGCCAACGUUGUUCUCUGCCUGCUAACAGAAGCCAGACUGACUGAAGGUUCAGCCCACUGCAGUCCCUGGAUAUUGCAAAGCCUACGGAGUCGGCCAGGUGUCCAGGUUGGCCAAAGAGCGUGGUGGGACAGGAUGGAUGCUUCUCCCGAGCCCCAGGAGAAGGGUGGGUCACUGGUGCUGAUCCGACGACAGCCUCCUGUGUCCCAGGGUUUGCUGGAAACACUGAAGGCCAGGUUGAAGCAGAGCUGCACCUGCAGUAUACCAUGUGCUCAGGCUCUGGUGCAGAAUCUGUUUCCUGUCCUGCACUGGCUACGUCAGUACCGCCCUAAAGAGUACCUGGCAGGUGAUGUUAUGUCUGGGUUGGUCAUUGGCAUUAUCCUGGUGCCACAAGCCAUAGCCUACUCACUGCUGGCUGGGCUGCAGCCCAUCUAUAGCCUCUAUACCUCCUUUUUUGCCAACCUUAUCUACUUCCUCAUGGGCACCUCACGCCAUGUUAAUGUGGGCAUCUUCAGCCUGCUGUGCCUCAUGGUGGGUCAGGUGGUAGACCGAGAACUCCAGUUGGCUGGUUUUGACCCCUCCCAGGAUUCUCUGGGGCCUAGGAACAAUGGCAGCACACUCAACAACUCAACCACAACACUGGUGCUUGGGCUACAGGACUGUGGACGGGACUGCCACGCCAUUCGAAUCGCCACUGCCCUCACUCUGGUGACUGGACUUUAUCAGGUCCUCAUGGGUGUCCUCCGGCUGGGCUUUGUGUCUACCUACCUCUCACAACCAUUGCUCGAUGGCUUUGCUAUGGGAGCCUCUGUGACCAUCUUGACUUCUCAGGCUAAACACCUCCUGGGUGUGCGGAUCCCUCGGCACCAGGGCCCAGGCAUGGUGAUCCGCACAUGGCUGAGCUUGCUGCAGAGUGUGGGACAGGCCAAUAUAUGUGACAUGGUCACCAGUGCCGUGUGCCUGGGAGUGCUGGUAGCGGCUAAGGAGCUCUCAGACCGCUACCGACACCGUUUGAAGGUGCCAGUUCCCACAGAGCUGCUAGUCAUUGUGGUGGCCACACUUGUAUCCCACUUUGGACAGCUCCAUUCACGGUUUGGCUCGAGUGUGGCCGGCAACAUUCCUACUGGUUUUGUAGCCCCACAGGUACCAGACCCUAAGAUAAUGUGGCGUGUGGCCCUGGAUGCUGUGUCCCUAGCCCUUGUGGGCUCAGCCUUCUCCAUCUCAUUGGCAGAGAUGUUUGCUCGUAGUCAUGGCUACACUGUUCACGCCAACCAAGAGCUUCUAGCCGUGGGCUGCUGCAACGUGCUGCCUGCCUUCUUCCACUGUUUUGCCACCAGUGCUGCUCUGUCCAAAACCCUGGUGAAGACAGCCACUGGCUGCCAGACCCAGCUGUCCAGUGUAGUCAGUGCUGCUGUGGUGUUGCUGGUGCUGCUGGUGCUGGCUCCACUGUUUCAUGAUUUGCAGCGGUGUGUGCUGGCUUGUAUCAUUGUUGUCAGCCUGCGUGGGGCACUGCGCAAGGUUAAGGACCUCCCACAGCUUUGGCGGCUAAGCCCUGCUGAUGCACUGGUCUGGGUGGCUACUGCAGCCACCUGUGUGCUCGUCAGCACCGAGGCUGGACUUCUAGCUGGGGUGUUCUUCUCACUGCUCAGCCUGGCGGGCCGCACACAGCGUCCACAGGCUGCCCUUCUUGCUCGAAUUGGAGACUCAACCUUCUAUGAGGAUGCUGCUGAGUUUGAGGGCCUGCUGCCCCCACCUGAGGUGCGAGUGUUCCGUUUCACAGGCCCACUCUACUAUGCCAACAAGGAUUUCUUCUUGCGGUCACUCUACAGUCUCACGGGGCUGGAUGCAGGGCACUCAGCCACCAGGAAGAGAAUGGGCCCCGAGGAGGGUGUCAGUGACAGCAGUCUUGCUGAUGGCAAGGAUAUGGGUUCAGUGAGCAGCGGGACCGGGCUGGUGGUACCCCUGGCAUUCGGUUUCCACACAGUGGUCAUUGACUGUGCACCACUGCUGUUCCUGGAUGUGGCUGGCAUGGCCACACUGAAGGACCUGCACAGAGACUACAGGGCCCUGGACAUCACCCUGCUUCUGGCUUGCUGCAGUCCCUCAGUGAGGGACACAUUGAGGAAAGGGGGCUUCCUUGGGGAAGACCAGGGAGCUGAGGAUGAGCUCCUGUUCCCCAGUGUACACAGUGCCGUGGAGGCUGCACGAGCCCGCCGUGAGGAGCUGGCGGCUGCUGACUCCGCCUUUUAGCAGGACCAAGACCCAUGUCCACAAGCCAGUACUGACCUCCUUCGUAGAAGUAAUAUGAAGACUGGAGUCAUUAGAGAGAUAUACCCUUGGGCCACCCCUGCCCUGGAAAAAUCAGGGAACUCCAACUAAGAAAGGAAAGUGCCGCGUCCCUAACACAUUCAAGAAUUCCAAACAUUCAGUGAUUGAGACACGCUACAUCUGAGACCACUGCUGCCCCCUGGUGGCUGCACCCACACACAUGAUCCCUCAGCCAAAGCAGUGCCCAGUUUAAUAAUAGUCUGUGUUACCAUCUUAUCUGAAACAGAGUCCUGCAAAUUAUGCGGUCUCUAAGAUGCCAAAAUGACACAUUCCCUCCCCCUGCACUACCAGGUAUCAGAUAUGAGCUGAAUACAUGACCAAGGGGCAAGAGUCUGAAUUUCCGAAAGGCCUUCUCAUGCCCAGUGAUCAUCUUGAUUGGGCCCCUGCGAAGGCAGUCACCUGCUCCAGAGCAGAUGGUCCAGCGUCACUGUCUAAGAUGAUGUGACACCUAACCUUCAGGCAUGAUGUCUCUAUACAGCUUAUACUGGUAACCACAACGUGGCCCGUGUAUGGUACAAAGUCAGGCACAGUAGAGACACCAACCCCAUUCUGUACCUUUAAGAAAUCCUCAGAAGGGAACCACCUGGCUCCAUCCAAGGGCUGCCCUUGGCAUAACCAAGCAGACCUUCCCCUCCUCUUCUGCCCAACAGGAUUCUCUAACAGGAAGUACAGUCCCAGCCCCGACCAUGCCCUACUAUGAUGCUCCCCAACCCACAGUCCAGCACUGUGCUCCACAGUUGUCCUGGACAAGGCCAGACCACCAGCUCAUCAUCUCUGUAAGACAAGCUCUGACCAGCAGCUCCCAGGGCACCCACCUCAGCAUCACCCACCUGGCUGUGAUGAGAUCCAGCAGCCAGUGUAUCCGGACCUGCUCGAUGCCACUGUGAGGCACAGCACCGAUGUAGGCAAGGUUCAGUUGCUGGUCCCAACUAAGGUCGAACCGGUCAGCCUGGUCAUGAGGCAGUGGGGGGCUGGGGACAGGACAAAGAAGUGAAGUGUUUGUCCUAAGCAGGGGCUUACAGCAGACCAGGUUCUACACAUUUAAUACCUGACUGACAGGCCCUUGCAGAGGAGCAAUGUGUGUCUCCACAUUGUAUGAUAAAGUUUCAUUCACCAGAAA